AUGCGACUGUGCAAACGCCGCGUGAACAGGGGGGACGGAAGUCGAGCGCAGUGGCAGGGACGACACCGAUACAGACGCGGGGUGAGCUCGCCGGAGGUCAGGUCGAUGUGGGAGAGUUGCGAGCGUGACAGGGCUGAGCUUGGGUGUCCGGGAUUGGGCUCAAUUUGGACCAACGUGGGUCAAGGUGGCACAGCUCGGGUUCGGAGGUCACCGGCGGGUACUGCUUGCCGGAAAACGGCCGGGAAUCUGGAGAUCAAGAGUGACUUGAAGGACCUUUACAUCAACUCUGCUUCGCAAAUUGAUGUUUCUGGCGGCAAGAAAGCUGUUGUGAUUCGUGUGCCUUACCGUCUGAGGAAGCCAUUCUGCAAGAUCCAGCCUAGGCUCGUGAGAGAGCUGGAGAAGAAGUUCAGUAGGAAGGUAAAUUUGAGAUAUAUUGUAAGGAUAGUUCGGCCGCCUAAAAAAGGGUUUGUAGUUCAAAGGCAAAGAACUCGGACACUCACAGUCGUGCAUGAUGCCAUGCUCGAGGACAUUGUUUACCCAGUUGAAAUUGUUGAGAAGCGUGUCAGAUACAGACUUGAUGGAUCAAAGAUCAUGAAGAACUUCAUACGCUCUACUAUGACCCAUGAUUCGAUUGAGGUUGAGAUGGGGGAUAAUUUGACGGGACAUAGCAACCAUGAAACGUUUGAACCAAAUGAAAACAGGCUCGUAUCUCUUCCCCAAAUCUUCCACCGUCGCCCCCUAAUCCUUCGCCCCUACACCCCUAGAUGCUGCUCCUCCGCCGCUGCUCCUCCGCAGUCCACCCUAAAUCGCCCCAAUCCAAACCAUCCCGACAUCCCCCGAAACGUCAUCCGCUCAGCAAAAAAUCAUCCCCUCAUCUCUGUGUAA